AUGGUUCCGGAAAACACCAUACUUGCAAGUUUCGAUGUGACAAACUUAUACGCGAACAUACCACUCACCCUGAGUCUGGAAGCGAUAAAACACUGGAUAGAAAACUACAGGGAGUUCAUAGAUAAACGCUUCAAAACAGACUUUAUCACCAAAGCCACCCAAUUAAUAAUACUUGAAGAAAACACAUUCACAUUUAACAACAAGACAUACCGACAGAUAAAGGGCACGGCUAUGGGUACAAAAUUCGCACCUUCAUAUGUCAACCUGGUAAUGGGUUUCCUUGAGAACAAACUAUACGAAGAAAUAGGGAGAAUCUUCGAACACGACUUCGGAGAAGACAUCAAGAAAAUGUGGAAACGCUACCUCGAUGACUGUUUCAUCUUUUGGAACAGAUCAGAUCUACGAACAUUCCACAACAUCCCCAAUACACUGCACCCAUCUAUUAAGUUUACGACAGAAACCAGCUAUAAAGAACUUCGCUUCCUAGACAUCAGCAUCAAGAUACACAACUCCAUCGUCACAACACAUAUCUACUACAAAAAACCGACACACAGCAAUAUUUAA